AUGAGUGGAUCGGACAACCAGUUCGACCCGGCCACCAUGGCCGGCCUUUCCGAGGCCUCCCAGGGAUCCGACGACUCCAACUUUGACAUCUUCGAAUGGUAUCCGCGAUACCAGAGCUGUCAGAGAUACUUUCUCGACCACGCCCAGCACAGCGUGCCUGUGCAAGCGCUCUCCGCCUUUCUCAACAUCCAAUUGCCCUUUCAGAAACAACCCUUCCCCACCUUCAACUCUAGCUCUGCAUCGUCUACUUUGGGACAGCAGCAGCAGCAGCCGAAUCUCCCGCCCUCAGUCUCGUUGGUUCCCUACAUCAGGCGCCUGGUCGCUACCGGAAUGGACUUUCCCGGCGUUUUGCAUGGAUUUUUUGGCGACGACUGGACAACCGGCAUUGGAUCACUACACGAACACGAACGCCGAAAUUAUCUCUUUGCAGCCAAGAGCGGCGGAUGGGCCUCGGUCAAGAAGGACUAUGACAUGGGCCCGUCGGAGACGGUGCCCUUUUUACGGCCACUACAGGGCCCCAUCGACACGGAGCUCGAGGCCGCCGAACGAAGCUGGAGUGAAUGGCUCGCAAUGGAAGAUUGGAUGGUCGGUCCUCGAUUCCCUGACACGCUCCAAGAUUCCUCUUCGCAGGCUUCUCGCCAUCGAGCGUCCAGGUCAUAG